UGCACCCAUGCCUCGUUGAAUGGACUUGGUGGAAAUAAUUUUACACUUGCCGACGAGGACUAAUCAGACCUGCUUGACGCAUAGUCUGCUCUUUGGUGUUACGUGGGCGGCGGCGAGCGACCGACCGACCAUCAGGUGCCACGUGUCAUUACUGCGGACCCCAAUUCACGAUUUAAGUACACCUCUGUGAAAAUUCAAUGUCCGUCCAAAGAAAACAAAAGGUACUGCUGCUAAUAACAAGUGAAGGCAGCUUUCCCUCUUCACUCUGGUUUCCCUCUCUUUUCUCCGGUUCUUUACCUGCUCUCUCCCUCUCUCUAUUUCGCGGUUUCAAUAUAUUCUGUAUCGUUUCUCUUCGUUGACAUCGCAAUGUGAUAUUUCUGAUAAGUCUCUGAGAAAUUUCAGCAUAUUCGGAGCUCACGCUGGUCUCUGAGUCCAUAAUUGAUACAAGGUUGGCAUUUUGAAGAAAAUGUUAGAUGACGGACAAGGAGAGUGCAAUUCUAGAAUUGUGGUAGAUGCAUCCAGUGACAGAUCCAUGACUUGGAAUGAAAUUGGAAACUUGCCUGAAAAGAAGCUUUCUCAGUCGAUCAUGGAUUCCUUUUGUGCUGAUUGUGGUAUCCUACAUCAAAUUAGUUGUGCUCACACCUCUAAACAAAAUGGUGUUGCCGAACGAAAGCAUCGCCAUUUGUUGGAUGUUGCGCGAAUGCAGGUAGAUGGACCCUUUUUUCUGGCCUCAGAAGAUGAUGUAAUUGGAGUGGAGCAUUUAUUAGCGGAACCAAAAUGCAACGACUUAGGAGGCAGUUUUCUAGGUUUUGAUACAUCCAGUACACAGAAUUGCUUCGAUAUUGAAGAACUUUCAGCUCUUGAGUGUGCCUAUAUAAAGAUUGAGAGUGAUAUGCUGGAUUGCAAGCUUACCCUGGGAGAGAAAGAAAAAGGAUUUAUCGAUGGAAUGUUUGAUGAAACUGAUGAGCCAGGUCUUGGUGGCGGAAGUAAGAUUCCAGAUAUAUGUGAAGAUUAUCUUUUGGACACUGAAUUUGCUGAUGAAGCUUGGGAUCCCAGUUGCAUUCCAAGCGAAGAAUCAUAUGUGGGAAAAUUGGAUUUAGAAAACCAGUCUGCAGCUUCAGGUGGAAGAGACUGUGGUGCUGAGAUGUCAGAAUUGUCUACCACAAGUAUCCCAGUGCUUGAAGAUAACUGGGAUCAGAAUUUUUUUUUGCUUGACAAGAUGACUAUUAAUGAGCUAAAUGGGGCCUUCAGGAAAAUUUUUGGAUGUGAAACAUCUAAUACAGACAAGCAGUGGCUGAAGGGCCGUAUAUUGUUUGGUUUGCAGAAUCUUGUUGAAAUGGAUGGUGGUUUGAGCCUCUUGGAAUGUCAUGUAAAUUCCAAUGAAAAUGAAGGCAAAAUGAUCUUGAAAGCAAGAAAUGCGUGCUUCAUUAGAACAUCCAGCCCCUUCACCAGUGUGUUCAAUUUCAAAACAAAGCCAAGAGUCCAAAAUGUUAAGAGAGGAAGACCAGCUAGCUGUGAUUCUUCUAAUACCUUCUCAUCUGAAAUUAGCAAAGACAUGCUUGGUUCCCCAGAUUUGGGAGGAAAGCAAAAUAUGCUUGUUACCAAAAAGAGAUUGCGUAAGCCUACUCGGAGGUAUAUCGAAGAAUCAGUGGAACAAAAUUCAAGGUAUCAAAGGAGAAAAUGUGGGAUUUCUGAUACAAGCUCUGAGGAUAAAAUUUUACAGAUUGGAUCUCACACACAGAAUUCCAGAAAGGUAUACGGAGCAACACCAUUGAUUUGUUGGGAGGAGUCUUUUAAAGGGGCUUGUAUUCAAGUUCCAUUUGGUAUACCAGUCCAGAAAGGGCGCUCAAAGAAAAAGGGACGGGAUUAUGAGGAUGUCAGGGACAGUGAACUCUUAGGUUCAAAUGUGGAUUCAAUUAAGGAUUUUCUUUCAGCUGAUUCACAUGAUGAAAUAUCUGAAGAUGAAUGUAUUACAAGGAGUAGGAUUCAAAAUAGCAAGGGUAGGAGAAAGCACCACAUAUUCUGGACCCUCUCUGAGGUGUCGAAGUUGGUCGAAGGUGUUUCCAGGUACGGAGUUGGAAGAUGGAUUGAGAUAAAGAGGCAGCAGUUCCCAUUAUCUGCAAACCGCACGGCGGUAGAUCUCAAGGACAAAUGGAGAAAUCUACUUAGGGCUAGCCUCUCGCGUUCACAGAGCAAGAGCGAGGUUCAGUCAAGUCGAAUGCAUGCAUCACAAUCAAUACCAGAGUCUAUUCUGCGCCGUGUUAGGGAGUUGUCUGUCAUCCAUCCAUAUCCAAGGGAAAGAAAGAAUCAGCUCUCGUGAACUGUUUGUGUUGCCUCUCCCGUCACCACUGCAACCUGUGAUAAAGCAUACUUGGAAAAGAAACCUUUCUGCAUUAAGAAAUUUGCACUGGGUAAAAGGAUAUACUUUGGAAAGGAAACUUUUGUACAUUAAAAGGAUAUUGAUGAGUAGGAUGGCUUGUAUGCUAGAGGGGUAUUUUUGCUUUUGUCUGGUUCAUAGUCUUGUUUCUAUUCUAUUAUAUACUGUUUAUACUUUUAUAUAUAUAUAUAUAUAUAUAUAUAUAUAUAUAUAUAUUUAACCUAGACAUAGUGAUGGUUCACGUGUAUGGCAUUGCAUAAAUGGGUCAUUGAUUGAUAAGAUCUCACAAGUGCAGUAUUCUUUCCUAGAGUCCUGCAUGAUGUGUCUGUAGUUUUCUCUUUUUCCUGCUGUAAGUCGGGAUAUACGGCUGUAUGCUGUACUUAGUUUUGGUAAAACAUUGUGUGUAAUGUGUAAUCAUGUGUAUAUAUAUAUAUAUAUAUAUAUAU